GCCUCAGAAGCCCCGCCCCCCCCGGAGCUCGUCACACUCACACAGACACAGGAUGGAGAAGGAGCUGCUGGUUUUUGGCGCGCUGCUGCUGCUUCUCACAGGAAGCGACGCACAAUCAGAUGUGUGCGGCGUGGCGCCACGCAACACCCGCAUCGUGGGGGGGCAGGACGCCCCCGCCGGCUCCUGGCCGUGGCAGGUCAGCCUGCACCGCUCUUUCGGACACUUCUGUGGCGGCUCGCUGAUCAACAGCCAAUGGGUGCUGAGCGCCGCGCACUGCUUCUCCAGCCUCAGCACUUUGGGUCUCACCGUGUACCUCGGCCGGGACGCCCAGCAGCUGCUCAACAUCAACGAGGUGUCCCGCAGAGUCUUUUCGGUCAUCAGACAUCCGAGUUACAGCUCGCAGACCAACGACAACGACGUCGCGCUCCUGCGGCUUUCCUCGCCCGUGACCUUCACAAACUACAUCCGGCCGGUGUGCCUCGCGGCGGAGGGGAGCCAGUUCCCGGACGGGACGUCCUGCUGGGUCACCGGGUGGGGGACCACCCAGAGCGACGUUCCUCUCCAGUUCCCUCAGUAUCUUCAGGAGGUUCAAGUCCCCGUCGUGUCCAACAGUCGCUGCAACGCCGCCUACCGAUCAAUAACCAGCAACAUGGUCUGUGCCGGACCAGACGGCGGGGGAAAGGACUCCUGUCAGGGAGACUCGGGGGGCCCGCUGGUGAGUAAAAACGGGUCCCGGUGGGUUCAGGCCGGCGUGGUGAGCUUCGGGAGGGGCUGCGCUGUCGCAGGGUUCCCCGGGGUCUACGCCCGCGUGUCCCAGUACCAGAACUGGAUCCAGAGCCAGAUCACAAGCGACCAGCCGGGCUUCGUGGCCUUCGUGGGGAACGGGUCCACAUCCGGGACCCCCGCGGCCGCCUCCCUGUCGGUGCCGCUGCUGCUGUCGCUGCUGCCGGUCCUGUUCUCUCUGUUGGUGCUGACCUAGUGACGUCACAAACUGACCUGAUUAAAAAUGGGAUCAAUGGGGUUAUUGAUUAUCAGAUUGUUUUCUAUUGAAAAUGAUCAGAAUACUAAAAACUACUUAAUUUAUAAUUAAUAAUAAUUUAACAUUAAACAUUCAGUCUCUUUUUUUCUGUUGUGCUACAAUUUAAUAACAUAGACACAGAUCUAUAUUCAUGAUUACUCAUCAUUACAUAAUCAUUUGUAUAUACAAUAUCUGUCAUUAGGAUUUUAUGAAGGAUGUAUUAGUGGAAGAUAACUAAGGAUUUUUUUUGCAAAUUGAUUUGCACUAAUUUAAUUGUAGAAGUUAUGAAAACCUGAAGACAGUAAAGAGUAUAUUUAUAUUUCAAUGACCUUACCUCUUUAAUCCAUUAAUUAUUGAUUAUAAUUAUUUUCAUAAAUACAUGAACAACCAAUAUCGUUUACAAUUAUCCGCUGGAAGGAUUUAAAAAUGUCAAAUACUUGUUUGACUUAAAUGUAAUAUUUCAAAUUUGAAUACGAAAUACAAAUGUUUUAUCUGUUUUACGCCUAAUUAAAAGAAAUC